AACAUUUAGUUCCGAUACGUGACAUCAAAUAACAAUUUUGAAACACCGUUCUUAAAACCGGUGGUAAUCCAUUUUGUCAAUGAGAAAAUUCUUUGCUUUAAUAUCUCGUUUCGUUGAAGAGAGGGGAGAUCAAAGAGGAACUGGAACGACGCCGUUUUGAAUCAGGAACGCCCUGAUUCCAAAUUCAGACGUCGCCCGAACGCCCCGGACCCAUCGUCAAUCAGCGCAGAAAUGGAGGAAGAGAAGGAGACGACGACGACGACGACGACGAAGAAGAAGCAAUGCUUUUGGACUUGGGCUUUGGCAUCAGUGAUCUUCAGACUGGUUCUCAUUCACUUCUCCAGAAAUCUCAACUUGGCUUCUCGUCCCGAAGUCUCCACUCCUCUCACCAGCCUCCGGCGCUUGGCCGAGGGUUACUGGCUGAAGCAAUCCUCAAUUUCUCCCUAUGCAGGAUCCAUGUACCACGGUUCCCCUUUGUUGCUCUCAAUUCUUGGGCCAUUGACAGUUCAAAGAGGGGAAGGGCAGUACAAUCAUCUUAUAUGCAGUUUGCUUUUUGUGAUUGCAGAUUUUAUGACUGCAGUGCUGAUUCGUGCAACUGGUCAAAGUCUUCAGAUGGCAUAUAAUCAGAGUUUGAAAUCUCUAGGCAUUGUUAGACUGUUAGAAAGAUCAGAGAUGCUCUCCUCUGGAGAUAUUGCUGCUCUCGUAUACUUAUGGAAUCCUCUGACAAUAGUCACAUGUGUGGGUUCAUCAACAUCCCCAAUUGAAAAUUUGUUCGUUGUUUUGUCCCUCUAUGGAGCAUGUAGACGACUAGUUCCCCUAGCAGCUUUUGGAUGGGUCAUUGCAACGCAUUUGUCUCUUUAUCCUGCAAUCCUAAUUGUACCGCUGAUUCUUAUAUUAGGAUAUGGUCCAGAUUCUCCUCGAAGGAAAUUGUUCCAGCAAAGGGCAUCCAGUAAAGUUGGAGAGAACCCCUCAACUGACAUCCGUUAUCAACAAAAAGAAUUGGCCAGCCAACCAAUGCUACCAUUUCGUUUCUCAUGGCGGCUAGUUGUGCACUUCAUAUUGUGGGCUUCUCUUUGGUCAUGCUAUGUGUUGCUAUUGUGUGGCAUUUCUGUUAGACGGUAUGGUGGCCUUGGGGAGAUGUUUAAAAGCACCUAUGGAUUUAUUCUUACUGUACCAGAUCUGUCACCAAAUAUAGGUGUUCUAUGGUACUUCUUUGCAGAAGUGUUUGACUAUUUCAGAAAUUUCUUUCUGAUAGUUUUCCAUGUGAAUAUUCUUUUCAUGAUAUUGCCAUUAGCCAUACGUCUAAACCACCGGCCCUGCUUUUUGGCUUUUGUCUACAUUGCCAUCUCUUCGCUGCUUAAAUCUUAUCCAUCAGUUGGAGAUUCAGCUCUGUAUUUGGGCCUGCUGGGCUUGUUUGUUAAGGAAUUAGCAGAUAUGCAAUUCUCCUUUUUCCUCUUCUGUGGAUAUGUUGGAAUAUCUUUUCUUAGCCCUGUGAUGCACAAUCUCUGGAUAUGGAGGGGAACUGGCAAUGCAAAUUUCUACUUUGCAACUGCUAUGGCUUAUGCUUGCUUUCAGGGUCAUCUGUCCUGCAUGGAGUUUUGGGCUCUUCCAUGGUUCUGCCACCAAGGACUGUAUGAAAAUUUCCUAAUUGUACCUACUGAAGCUGGUGUAAAACCUUGGAAUGUGAAGCUUGACUGGAAGAUAAUUUUGGUGGUGGAGAGUGUGAGUGCAAUGCUUAAUCAUGACCGGAUGCUAAGGAAGCUAUCCAUCAUGAAGCCUUGAGGUGGCGGAUCACCAUCUUUUGCAACUAUCCUUACAGCACAUUCUCCAUCUCUCCGCAUCUUCUGGUAAUUUAUGUGAAGCACGAGAAACCUUAGUGAUUGUAGGUGCGAGAUACCUCAUAUAUAGGCCACAUCUUAUUUAAGGCUAUGAAAUAUCUGGGAUUUUGGGUAUUCACUUUGCAAAGGAUUUUGUUAUCAUUUGUUUUUGUUAUCUUAACCAAAUGAUUCCUGUCUAUAAUGAGUGUAGGCAGAUGAACAUAAUCAAAAGGAAUAUCAUUUCUCGGUUGAUUA